UUCAAGCCAGUGUCUGGUUGCGAAGUGGGCUGAAGCUCCACCGCAUUGGUCCCUUCAGAGCAGCUUUCUCCCACUCAUCCACACAUUUGCAAGCCUAACACUCACCUUUUGGUAACGUUUGCGGCAAUGUAGCGCAUUUUGGUGCAGCAGCAUAGGCAACGUUAAGUCUGCAUGGGAUAGCCUUCGCGAAGUCCCGUAGCUCGCCCAUAGUGCGAACCUAUCAUCUCACCCUCUCGCGAUCCAUAAAGGCUCUUAUCCGAUUGGAAUCCCUGUUCCCGCGUCGUCAGCCUCAUCGUUAAAGCCCGCAUUCCAUGGCUUGCGACCGGCUGUCAUUGGAUGGCGGCGGCUGCGCGAUCUCCGACGUGCCCAUGGCUCCUACGACGGCCAUUCCUCGCGUCGUUUGGACUGUCGUUCAGUCCGGCGUGUCGUCGCACGACGUCGCCGUGGGGUCGCUGCUCGAUCGCAUGCGACGGUCGCCUCAGUGCGACAAUCGCGCAGCUUUCAACGCUCUCGGGCGUGACCCAUCGCCCACUCCUAUCAUGGGAGGGCGUGAUCCGUCCAUGGUGGAUGCGUCUCGCGCCAUGCACGCACGCACGGCCGUCGCUCCUUCAGGGUCUAGUUCUCCUCGUCGACACCGGUCUUCGCACUUUCAGCCGCAGCCGCAGCCGCCGCCACUGACGCUGGACGCUGUGCUAGCUCUUAGAAGAUCAGCCGCAGGCGAAGCUAGAGACCUCGCGACCGCGCCGCUCGAUGGACACUUAAGUACGACCAGUGACCUCGCUACUCCGCUGUUCGAUCGGCACAUGGCUUCGCCCACAGGCCUCGCGGCGCGCCUCGUAGACUCCCAAGGGAUGCUGGGAAACGAUCUGGCUCUUGCCACGUGUCCGCCAUCGACGGACACCUUUCGGCUCGAGCGCGCGUACGGUCAGGAUGCUCCAGCGGGAGUACCGCAGUCGCGCGACUGGAGCGCGGCUGACGCGUCCUUUCUGCCGCGCCUCAACCGAAUCCACAUAGGCCCUGCCGUCUCGCCGGGUGUUACCUUCCCCGGUCGGGACCGUCCCCAGCAGCAACAACAGCAGCAGCAGCAGCAGCGAGAGUUAGGGUUACCCGCCUCGACGUCGCACGGCUCCCCCGGCUUGCGGGUGCAAUGCUCGUGGAUGUGGGAGCAGCCGAUCCGGCCCACGCGCCAACAGCCCACGCGCCAACAGCCGCCCGUGCAGAUCCAGACAUACCCGCAAAUCCAGGAAUACCCGCCUCCUAAGUCAAUAUUUGGCGCGCUUCAAGAACAGCCGCUCGUGCAGGCGUACCCGCAAAUUCAGGAAUGGCCAAGUUCUGCGAAGGUGCGCUCGCCCAAGAUGCCACGCGGCAGUCCUGAGGAGAUUGGGCAGCGGGCGUUGGUUUUAGCAGCCAGCGAGCAAGAGGAGGAGAUUUUCCAGCGGCGGCGCGAACAGCGGCUGCGGAUCCUCGGCGGCUUGCGCCACGCGCUCGACCACCCGGCGGCGGCUUGCACCGAUGCUUCCCCCGACGGGCAGAGCCCGCUGCUCGUGCUGCGCCAGGGGCCGUUCAGUUGUCGAAUAUCGAGUCGUGCUUUUAACGGGGGAAAGGCUAGCCAGGGGGGUGUGACUGACUCGAGAGAAGCAGGACGGGAAGGGGUUGAGGGAAGUGACGCAGGUGCUGGCGGCGGCUUAGUGGCGCCAGCAUGCGGCGAAGCAGGCGCAAACGACUCGGGAGGUGGGGAAAGGAAGCGGAGCGACGGGGAGAGCAGCGGGGCGGACCUUUCGGCGGAACGAGAGCGGAGAACGACGUUGGCGGUGGAACUCCGCGCGACGAUGCGCUUGGAAGUCAACCCGCAAGCCGCCGCGCUCACCUCGCUCGAUGCUCCGAAGACCGCCCCGCUUCUCGCGGCGCCGACUGCGCCGCUGCCGGCGGCGGAGUUGCCGGCGGAAUGGAAGCAGCGACGCGUGCGGGCGCGAUCUGCCUUUGAAAGCCGCGAGCUGAUUGGCGGAGAGGCGGAAGGAGGCUUCCGCGACUCCCCGGGGCAGGCGGAGUUGGAUGUGCGGCUGGGGGAGCUGUUCGCGGAAGGCGCGUUUUGCUCGUCGCCGCUGGCGCGCGAAGACGCGGGCGCGGGAGCUGCUAAAAGCGGAAAGCGCGCGCAAAAACGGCGGAAUAGCAGUGAAUCGGAGGGUGAAUGGGAGUUAGGCGGGUGCGGGAAAAAGGGUGGGAGCGGGGACAUGGGACGCGGGGGAAGGAGCAGCAGGGGCGGAAACUCGAGCCUGGAGACUCGGCGCGGAGGUACUGGUUCCGGGGAGGGGGGAGGGGAGGCGGAGCAUGGAGGGGAGUACGAGAUAGAGUCGAGGGAAGCAGCAGAGGUGGGGCAGGAGCGGGGGCAGGAGGCGGACAUGCAAUGGCAGACAGCAAGGCGGGCCGCAGGCUCUUUUUCUCCCCAGGCUCGAAUGUCGCUGCUAAGGCUGACGCGCUGGCAGGCAGAGCAACAGAGGGAGCAGGGGCAGGAGGAGCAGGGGGGACAGCGGCAGGGGGGGCUGCAGCAGGGGGUGCUGCAGCAGGGGGAGCAGGGUAGGCUGCAGAAGCAGGGUCAGUUGGAUGGGCUGAGAGCACCACGUGUCUCAAUCUUCCGUUCAGCCAGUCAGUCGCACCCAUGCAGCCCCCUCAUCCUCACCCCGCCCUCACAGAGCCACGUCAGAUCGCAGGCUAGAGGGUGGGCGGAUGGUGCUCCUGCCGCCCACCGCAGGUCAGUCAGCACUGUGCCCAUUCUGGGCGGCACGCUGGCCGUGAACAGUGACCAGAUGAACAGUGGCGGUGGCGGUUUUUCCUCUGCUGCUGGUACUGCUGCGGGUGGUGGUAGCUUCCCGCUGUGGGUGCGGAACAGUGAGGCAGAAUCGUAUCUGCACUCUGCCACCCACGCAGUGCUGCUGGCCGAGAAUAUGGGGGAGUCUUAACAGCGGGGGAAAGUGAGGUGGGGGGACCAGGGAUGGUCGUAAUGCAGCAAGGAGAGGGAAGUGCAAUGGUCGUUCUCUUAGCCAGCGGCUGUCAUCCCUGUUGCUGCUGUUGCUGCUGCUGCUGCUCCUUUGCUGCAGUAGUUGCGGUUUUAUGCUGCUUCUACUGCAGUUGCUGCUGCAGGUGUUGCUGCUGCUGGUGCUGCUGGUGUUGCUGCUGCUGGUGUUGCCGCUAGUGUUGCUGGUGCUGGUGCUGCUGCUGGUGCUGCUGGUGCUGGUGCUGCUGGUGCUGGUGGUGCUGUUGGUGGUGCUGCUGGUGCUGCUGGUGCUGGUGCUGUUGGUGGUGCUGCUGGUGGUCACUGCUUUGUCAGCUGCUGGUACCGCUCGCGUGUGCCCCUCUGCUGCAACUGCUGCUCCUCCUGUUGCUCCAGCAUCUGCUUUCUCUGAGCACGUGCCUGCCCUUGACAUGGUAGGGAACAUACGGGCAUCUGUCCUCGUUAUAAGCAGCAAGGCCUGCUACAACUGCUACACAUGUCAGACUUCUGCACAUGGCUCAUCAUCUUAGAGUAGCGGAAUGAACUAGAAUGAAGGGUACAGUGUGGUUUUGACCUAAUGAGCUGUACUUUCUAAGGCAUGCCCCUAUCUAGGCUAUAGUAACAUAUACAAAUAUGUUUGACACAC